AUGGCAACCCCCACACCCAACCAACCAUUUCUGGAUCCAAGUCUGGUAUCCCCAUCUGACGUCACGGUUGUUCAAGCUCCCGAUAGUACCAUAUCCACAUCCGAUAUCACUGUGGUUCCAGCUCGACAACCCACAUCCGAUAUCACUGUUGUUCCAGCUCAACAACCCCCCAAGAAGCCAUCCAAACCACGAGGCAAGAAGGCUGCCAUGAAUAACACAGAUACCGCGGUCGAUAAAACCACCAACAGUGCCACCAAUACCGCUUCCAAGACUUCCAACUCCGCCAUUGAACCUGAGGACGACACAGACAAAAAAGGCCGAUCGCGAACCUACCUCGAACACGAAAAUCUGCAGCUGUGUAACUUGUGGCUCGAGAUCAGUGAGGAUCCCAAGAAGGGCACCGAUCAGACCUUUAACCCGUUCUGGGAGGCCAUUGCAAGGCACUACGCAACUCACAUCCCAAACGCCCCGCGAUCCGCCAAAAGCCUCAAGAAUCAUUGGAGUGACAAGAUUCAGAAGGAAGUGAACCGAUUCGUCAGUUGUGUUAAUCAAGUCCAACAAGCGAAUCCCAGCGGGACGAAUUCGGCCAACCGACUCACCAUGGCAAUGUCAAUGUAUUCAAGACUCUACGAAAAGCCCUUCACUAUGCUCGGUUGCUAUGAGAUUCUCAUCACAUCACCAAAAUGGAACGACUACUCGCGUGGCCUUGCAAAAAAAAGAGAAUCAACUUCUACAGCCGCGAACAAACGCAAGGAGCCCGACAGCUCAUCAACCAACUUACCCAGCACGAAUUCUACGACUACAGAUGCUUCAAACGGCGGUCGUGGUGGGGAUUCUUCUAGCAAUGAGACUUGCGGCCCUCCGACUCGCCCGAUUGGCCGUAGACGUGCAAAAUGCGACCAAGCAGCUGAACUAGCAGCCAAAAAAACUCAGGAGAGCCUCAAGAAGAUGGCUCAGGAUCACUGUGAUAUCGCGGAGGUCGCUAAAAAACAAAGUAGCUUCCUAGACGCUCAACAGGCCGCCAUGAAUUGUUUGGUGGAUGAGUCGAUUAUGUGCAAGGAUCUCUCUGGAGCAAGCGAGAUGAUGAAGAGAUAUUAUUCAUUCGAGCGAUCCAAGAUCAUGGCGAGAUUGGAAAAGGAGCAUUCUGCUUCCAACGAUGCGACUAGCACACGGGCUCCUUUGACGAACACAUCUAGCAACAAUGCGACUAGCUCACAAGCUCCUUCAACAAACACAUCUAGCGCACCAGCCCAAACAAAUACUAUAGUAGAGUGA